AUGUCGACCAAAUCCAACCCCGAAAAGACCAAGUCUAACCCGGAGGUCGACAUCUCUUCCAGUGACAUGGCUUUCCUCUUCGAGUGUCUUAGAAACCUCGAUGAAUCCAAGAAUGUGGACCUCGUCAAUGUCGCAGACAUCAUGGGUUACACCAACGUCCAGUCCGUUGGCAACCGUUUUCGUAACUUGCGGAAGAAACACGGCAUCAAUCUCGACUGCAAGAGCGGUGGUACUGUCAAGGGCAAAGGUGCUGCCAAAGACACCAAGUCUGAUGAUACUGCCCCCGCCCCCGCCCCUGCUACCAAGACCAGAAAGGGCUCCAAAGCCAAAGCCGCCGAAGAGGCUGAUGACGCCGAAGAAACCCCGGCUGCUUCUGGCGUUGACUCUCCCAAAGUCGUCUUGUCCCCUGCGAAAAAGACUCGUGCUCGCAAAGGAGCCAAAGUCUCUGCGAAGCCCAUUCCUGCCACUGGACCCGUGAACAAGAUCAAGGAUUCUGGAAAUACUUCCAACGGUAUGUACAAGAAGAAGUCCUCGUAUGUGGCCAACACCAAGGUCAAGCGCACCAGCAAUUGGGGCGUGAAUCUAUUCAGGCAGACAGAGAUUGCCAUCAUGCAGGAAGAGGCGCUGCUGGCUGAAGUCAUGAUGUUCUCUAAUUGCGAGGCUUGUCUUAUCGAAUCGCUCGCUGACUUGUGA